AUGAAAACGUUAACUUCAUAUUUAAAAAUUACUACAUUCCUUCUUUUAAUUUGGAUGUAUCAAUGUUUUUAUAACUGUCAUUCCCAUAAAAUAUUGAUUGAUAAAAAUAUAUUGCAAACAAAAAAUGAGUUAAAAUAUGAAAGAAUAUUAACAGAGGGUAACACUGAAGAAAAAAAGCAAACUAACGCUGAGGAAUGUCUAAAAGAAUGUCCUUUAGAUAAUGAAAAAAAGGAAAGUUCGUUUCCGGAUCUUUACAAGAAUCCGUACAAUUAUUGGCUUAAGUUCAAGGUUCCAAAAUAUUGGGAUCGAUUUAAAAAUGGGACAAGUGGAAUGGACCCUAAAUGGAAAGUAAAAAAAUGGAAUGUUGAAUUUCAGAUAAUUUCAAAUAAGAAAUUUAAUGAACUAUAUUCAAUAUUUUGUCGACAUGAUAUUCCAGAUGAACAAAAAAACGAAAAAAUUGAUAGUUUUAUGAUUGAAUUUGACUCAGAAUUUGAUAAAUUUUUAUGGGAAUGUAAGGAAGAGAUGACAAUCAAUAAAACAGAAUCCGAAUCUAAGAAAGAGAUGACAGACAAUAUAACAGAAUCCGAAUCUAAGAAAGAGAUGACAGACAAUAAAACAUAA